AUGGCAGCCGAGGAAGAAGGAAGAGACGUCACAUGAUGGAGAGAUGCAGCCAGCCAGCCAGCAGUAGCUGCUUCCUCACUAAUCACACAACAUUAACAUAAACCCGCUACUACACAGGCUAACUUGGACAGCAGCCCGCCGUUCAUUUGCUCUCUCGUUCCGAAUUAAAAACGUCGAGGGAAAACAGAUGCAGAGCCCAUAGACGGGUGCAAAGCGGAGAAGAGCGUCGCCGUCGCACACGGUUAGCUUAGCCCCCCCUCCUCCUCCUCCCUCCAUUAGCACCGAGCUGGCAGCGUCCUUUGGCAAAGCAGCGAAGCCUCCGGUUGGAAACUCUGCCUCGGCUAGCAGCGGGCUAGCCAGCUUGCUAGCUGCUAACGUCGCUAACGGUAGUUAGCUAGCUAGCUAGCUAGCGAGCUGUGACAAGUUGCGUCAUGGAGGAGCUGGUUGUGGAGGUGAGAGGGACGAGCGGAGCCUUUUAUAAGGCUUUCGUGAAGGACGUCCACGAGGGAUCGGUCUCUGUGGCAUUUGAAAACAACUGGCAGCCGGAGCGUCAGAUCCCGUUCCAGGACGUGCGCUUCCCUCCUCCGACGGGCUUCAGCAAAGAGAUAAACGAGAGCGAUGAAGUUGAGGUGUACUCCAGGGCGAAUGACAAGGAGCCGUGUGGAUGGUGGCUGGCCAAGGUUCGCAUGGUCAAAGGAGAGUUUUAUGUGAUAGAGUACGCUGCCUGCGACGCCACGCUGAACGAGAUCGUGACGCUGGAGCGGUUACGGCCAGUCAACCCAAACAAACCAGCCACCAAAAACACCUUCAUCAAGAUCCGGCUGGAUGUCCCCGAAGAUCUGCGACAGAUGUGCUCCAAGGAGUCGGCACACAAAGACUUUAAGAAGGCCGUCGGAGCCUUCAGUGUCAGCUACGACUCAGAGAAAAAGCAGCUGGUCAUCCUGUCGGUGAACGAGGUCACGGCAAAGCGGGCCAACAUGAUGAGCGACAUGCACUUCAGGAGCCUCCGCACCAAACUGUCCCUCAUGAUGCGGAACGAGGAGGCCAGCAGGCAGCUGGAGAGUUCCAGGCAGCUGGCGUCCCGCUUUCACGAACAGUUCGUGGUCCGGGACGAUUUAAUGGGCCUGGCCAUCGGGACCCACGGGGCCAACAUCCAGCAAGCGCGCAAAGUUCCCGGAGUCACCAACAUCGACCUGGACGAAGAGACGUGCACCUUCCACAUAUACGGCGAGGACCAGGAUGCUGUCCGAAUAGCUAGGAGUUACCUGGAGUUUUCUGAAGACGUCAUCAAGGUUCCGCGAAACUUAGUCGGAAAGGUGAUCGGCAAGAACGGCAAACUGAUCCAGGAAGUGGUCGAUAAAUCCGGCGUGGUGAGGGUCCGGAUCGAGCCCGAGAACGACAAGAAGCCCUCGGUGGCUGCGGCUGCGGCGGCUGCAGCGGAGGAGGGAAUGGUGCCGUUUGUGUUUGUGGGGACCAAAGAGAGUAUUUCCAACGCGACCGUGCUCCUGGACUACCACCUGAAUUACCUCAAGGAGGUGGAUCAGCUGCGCCUGGAGCGCCUCCAGAUUGACGAGCAGCUCAGACAAAUAGGAGGUGGGGGCGGAGGAGCGGGGACAGGCCCCCGGAACCCCAAAGACAAAUCUUACGUGUUCGAUAACGGGAUGGGGAUGGGCAGAGGAGGAGGAGGAAAGCCCUACGCGGGAGGAAGGGGAGGGCGAGGCCGCAGAGGGGGAGGGGCGGCCUUCACCUCAGGCACCAACUCGGAGGCGUCCAACGCCUCGGAGACGGAGUCGGACCACAGGGAAGAACUCAGCGACUGGUCCCUGGCUCCCACCGAGGAUCUGAUGACAGGAGGCGGGUCCCUGCCCAGACGAGCAGACGGGAGGAAAAGAGCCGGGGGCGGAGGCCUCAGGGGCCGCGGAGGGCGAGGCAGAGGAGGGGGAGGAUACAAAGGUGACGAGCUGCAGUGGGGCGAGCCAAGACCUCGUCAUGUAAGAGACUCUAAGCCGAGAGGCCCGGAAGAUACUCUACAGAUUCGUGUGGAUGGAAACGAGCGCAGCGUGCAGCAUUCGUCGGCUGGGCGAGGAGGAGGAGGAGGGGGAGGGGGAGGUGGGCCUUCCUCAUCCCAGAGCGGCAUCGGCGUCGGAGGCGAGGGCCAGCCUCGUCAUCAUCAUCAGAGACCCAUCAGAGAUCGAGUGAUGAAGAAGGACAAACAGGACGCUCCGGCGCUGGUGAACGGCGUGUCGUAGAUCCACCGAUGGAGGACCUUCCCAAACACACACACACACACAACUUCUCAUACACCACCCUACAAUCUGGCGUUUUUUUUUUCUUUUUCCUGUCUUUGUCACACACAAGAGGACACACAUUUCCAUCAGCAUGGAAACACUUAGUGACGUCUUGAACCAGAGGUGGUCUGGUUUCUGCUGGUUCGCUCUGUUCCUGCCUGGUGUCGUCUCCUCUUCCUCUCUGGAGUUAAGGAAGGUGGACCGUUUUUUUUUUUGAAAAAAGAAGAAGAAGAAGAGUUUUGAUAAAAGCUCCUCCGUCACAGAAAAAUUAGCUGGAAUAAAGAUCCCGAUUCACUUCAUCGAAAUCUCAAAUGUUUUUUCUCCCGGCCCGUUCAGGCUCACUGCCACGAGGAAACAGAAACGUACACGAACGAAGACGACAGCAGAAACCUGCGGGAGUGACUUUAGCCGCUCAGCAAGGUUUCUUCUACGUAAACGUCUACAUUUUUACUGGUAGAGGAGAAUUAUAGAAAUGAUCCGUCUUCGCUGUGUUUUCCCCUCCGGUACAGAAAUAGGUUUUGGUUGUCUAAAACUCCCAGAAUCCAACAUUUCAAAGCCAGCUGCAACACGAGACCAGAUUUAUUACAAUUCUCGGUCCGACAGAGUAGCGGAUCAGAGAUUUUAAGUGUCACCACCAAUAACUUGUACAUGUGGGAGAUGUGUGGUUGCGGGGGGGGGAAUGUUUUGCAGAUGGCACUUUUAUUUUGUACCUUUUUGACACUGACAUACAAAACAGGUAUGCACUCCUGAAGCAAGGCUCUACAUCAUGCUGUUAUUUAAAAGACCCGCAUUUCCUCUGAUACCUAAAUACUGUAAACGGUCAAACACGAUUCUGACUUACACGUGAGCCACUUUGGUCCGACUCAUUUGUUCAAAAGCAAACUGAGACGCAGCGGUAACUUCCAACAGGCGAGUUGAACAACUGUGUAAAAGAAAUGCUCCACCCGUCUUGUGAUAUGAGAAAAAAGGUAAAACCACUGACUUAUGGCUCCAACCUGUAAAGUAGACUAUUCAAGCAGUGCCUGUGCUGUGAUACGGCUUCACCGCAGCACACCUGCACUGGUUUUGACUCUGCUGCACUGAUUCACAGGGUGGUACUAAAGAGCUGUCAGAUGAAGGCUCCAACCUGCAUUUACUUUGUUUUCUCAUUCCAUUCACUUAGAUUAAACAAGUCAGUUUAAGUCGAGGGCAGGUGGAAUAGCUCAAACAGGACAGAACUUAUCAAUUCACCGAGUCUAGUCAUGUAUACAUCUUUUUGUCUAGCUGUAGAUGAAAUAUCAGUUGUUUUGGUUGAGGUUUUACCCCCUUCUGGUUAUCCAGCAUAUUUGUGAACUAUCCCUUUUCCUGUUUACGUUUUCUAAAAACGUCACAUUUUGGCUGCAUCUCGACGCAAACGAGACCGUUUUUUUUGUACAGCUACGAGAGAGUCAGUGAAGCAGUCAUUAUGUGCCUGUGAUUUUUUUCAGAAACUGUGUGAGCUUCUUGUUUUUCAGUCAUUAUGAGGCUCCUUUUAUGUUUGUGCCUUGGGUUUAUGUUCCUUGUGUGUAAAUUUAGCUCAUUUUAAGCAAACGGUCAUCAGCAUAUUGACGUGUAAUGGAGAUUCUGUGAUUCUUCAUGGGAGAAAAUGGCUGUUUUUUAAAAAUUAAAGAAGUCCCCCCCUCCCUCCCAAGAGUUUUCCCCAUAAUGAAGGUUAAAACAAUGUGAUGUCUUUGAACUGUAAUGACGCAUUUUAACGUUGUAUUCACAGAUUUUUGUUAAUGAUUUGCAUGAAAGCGAUGCGUUUAGCCGGCGAGAAAGCCUUAAAAGUUAAUUUCCUGUCAUUUUUUUUUCUAUUAAAGUUCUCAGUUCAAAA